CCUUUCAUGCCUCCGUGUUUCCGCUUUCUCGCCUGCGUGUUCAGCUCGAGCCUCGGAACGCAGCAGUGUCACCAGGCUGUCGGUACCGGGCACAACCGGGACCCGCUGGCGCUGCCGGGCUCCCCGUCCGGCCGGAGUCCGUGCUUCCGUGCUGCCAGCUGGAGGCUGUGCCCGGGUCAGCCCGGCCCGCCGAAGCUGCUUCGCCCUCAUUGUUCUCCCGUGAAGUUUGCUAGAAGUGAUGUAAUGUAGCCCCGGCGGCGCGCCGGACUCCGGUUAAAAACUGCGGGUUUUCCGCCGCACUGCUACGCUGCUUCUGCGCACGUUUCGGGUUUGAUCCCGACUCCGUGUGUCGGGGUCACUCACACACCGCGUACACACCGGUCCUCAUCUUUAUGUCAUCGAUCCCAACUCCAUCCGUGGAUCCUUGCUGCUCUUCAUCACCGGGAACAACAGCCUGGGACUUUUAAAGAGAUCUGUUUGGUUAUGAAAUCAGGUAUGUUCCGAUUGGCUGCCUGCACUCGACCUCUGACCUCUGACCUGAGUGUGUGUCCGACCUCAGCCCCGUGGCCACGGCGAUGAGGAUGACCUGCUCUUGCUGAUGUUUGAAGGGUGGAUAGAAGGGCAGGAAUCCUGCGAUUACACAGCAGAGGGUUUUGGGAAUACUGGGAAUUGCGCGUGUGGAAUAUUCAGCCUGUAAACAGAUGCUCAUCAAGAAUGUGAAGCCUUUUAUUCCCUGAAAUACCGAAGUGUGAAAUUUUAGAUAACUGAUACAUGUCAAACGUUCAGAUGAUUUAUUGUUUUUUUACAUUUUAUUGGAUGCUAACGUUCCUGUUUGACUUCACGUUCUUCGUUUCUGGAUAUUUUUAUCUGCCUCCCUCUUGGCUGGAGGAAAUGGAUCAAUCUGCACUGAAGCGAGAAUACGCGACAGGAAGUUGAUCCCUACAGGGAGCGAAGACUAGAACAAACUGGGAAUAUGUCGUGGAAGAGGAACUACUUUGCAUCAGGCAGCAGUGGAAGUGGUGUCAGCGGAGGAGGAGGAGGUGGGGCUGGGACGCAGGGAAUCCUGACACCUCGCACCAUGACGUCCAUCGCUCCCAGCAAAGGGCUGAGCAACGAGCCGGGACAGAACAGCUGCUUCCUGAACAGCGCUCUGCAGGUCCUCUGGCACCUCGACAUCUUCCGCCGCAGUUUCCGUCAGCUGACCACCCAUAAGUGCAUGGAGGACUCGUGCAUUUUCUGCGCUCUGAAGAGCAUCUUUGCUCAGUUCCAGUACAGCAGCGACAAAGUUUUGCCGUCCGACGCGCUCCGCAGCGCGCUCGCCAAAACCUUCCAGGACAAGCAGCGGUUUCAGCUCGGCAUCAUGGACGACGCUGCGGAGUGCUUCGAAAACAUCCUGAUGAGGAUCCACUUCCACAUCGCAGACGAGACCAAAGAAGACAUCUGCACAGCCAGACACUGCAUCCCCCACCAGAAGUUCGCCAUGAUGCUCUAUGAGCAGUGUGUGUGCAGCAGCUGUGGAGCCUCCUCAGAUCCUCUGCCCUUCAUUCAGAUGGUCCACUACAUCUCCACCACCUCCCUGUGUAACCAGGCAGUGAAGAUGUUGGAGUCGAGGGAGAAGGCGACCCCGGGCAUGUUCGGGGAGCUGCUACAAAACGCCAGCAUGGGGGACCUGCGCAACUGUCCUAGUCAGUGCGGUCAGCAGCUGCGGAUGGCUCGCGUCCUCCUCAACAGUCCGGAGAUCAUCACCAUCGGCCUGGUGUGGGACUCGGAUCACUCGGACCUGGCCGAGGACGUCAUCCACACCCUGGGAACCUGCCUGCGCCUCGGGGAUCUGUUCUACAGGGUGACCGAGGAGAAGGCUCGGCAGUCCGAGCUCUACCUGGUUGGGAUGGUGUGCUACUACGGGAAACAUUACUCCACUUUCUUCUUCCAGACUAAGAUCCGCCGGUGGAUGUACUUUGAUGACGCACAUGUCAAAGAGAUCGGGCCCAAGUGGAUCGACGUGGUUUCGCGCUGCAUUAAAGGCCACUACCAGCCGCUGCUGCUGCUGUACGCCGACCCGCGGGGGACGCCGGUGUCUGCGCAGGACCUGCCCUCGCGCCUCGACCUCCACCACCUCAACAAGGCCUGUUACGACAGCGAAGACUCGGGCCGCGAGCCGUCGAUCUCCAGCGACACUCGCACCGAUUCGUCGACGGAGAGCUACUCGUACCGACAGCCCUCCCACUCGCACCAUGAGUCCCUGGCCAGUCGCUACUCCUCCGACUCCCAGGGAACCGUCAUCUGCAUCGACCGCCCAGACGGAGCCCCGCACGCCUCGCUCUGCAGCCUGGAUACCGUAGGCCACGCGACGGACGGUGAGCAGCAUCAGCCUCCGAGGAAAGGAGGCGUGGCCGGGGAUAGGAGGCGGAGCGCUAGCCGCCACCGGCGGUCUAAACCUGAGAACGAAGCGUCGUCGGCUGGUUACCACAGUGAGGGCGAGACGUUAAAGGAGCAGCAGGUUCCUCGUCACCUCCCCAAACCUUCGUCUUCCUUCUCAUCAUCGACCAGCCGCCUGCGAGACUUCAAGGAGACCAUGAGCAACAUCAUCCACAGCCGACCCCUCUCCUCCUCCUCCUCCACGUCUCUGCCGGCCGCCGGCUUCUCCUCUGAAAUCGCCCCCUCCUCGAACAGCAGCCAUCACCACCACCUCCCUGCCAGCAGCGCCGCUCCUUCCUCCUCCUCCUCCGCUGGGAAAGCUCAGGACUGGGAGGCCGACAGCACCAGCAGCGAGUCAAAGUCCAGCUCCUCCGGGGGAACAGGGAGGUACCGGCCGGCUUGGAGGCCCCGGAGGGAGGCGCUCAACAUCGACAGCAUCUUUAACCGCGAGAGGCGGAGGCAAGCGGGGUACAGCCCCCUCGGAGCGCCGCUGCUCGACGACUGUGGAGCUCAGGACGCCUCCUCGGCCCUGGAGGAGGUGACGCCUGUCCGGACGGGCUCCUCCAGGACUCUCCCCGCCUCCUUCUCCAGCAGCCACAGAGGAGGUGGAGCUGGACCGGGAGGUGAGAAGGAAGGAGCGGGAGGAGCCGUGCUGUCUCCCGCUGUUCCUCCUGCUGCUCCACCCAGGCUGAUCCAGAGGAUGGAGAGCGGCUACGAGAGCAGCGAGAGGAACAGCAGCAGCCCGGUCAGCCUGGACCUGAACCCGGGAGACAGGGAGUGUGUGGUGAAGAAGGCUUUGUCGUCCUCUUCCUCCUCAGGACCCUCGUGGAGGAACGCCCGCUCGAAGAGCAGCGGCGCUUUGCUGCAGGAGCUCAGCUCGUCCAACAGGGGGAGCCUCGCGCCCUCUGCAGGCCGCAGUGAGCUGGACGAGCUGCAGGAGGAGGUGCUGAGGAGAGCGAGGGAGGAGGAGCAGCAGCGGCGGCAGGAGAAGGAGAGGGAGGCGGCGCUCGGCUUCAACCCGAGACCCAGCAAGUACCUGGACCUGGACCAGCUGCAGAUCCAGGGUAAAUCGGACACUUACGAGCGGUGCGUGUCAGAGGCGGAGCUCCUGCUGGACCAGUCGAUGCGUCUGGAGCAGGCAGGCGAGGUCGCCGCCGCGCUGUCAGCUGUCAAUGAAGCUGUCUCCAAACUGCGGCCGGUGGUGGCUGAGGGUGGAGCUAGUAGUCACAGCCGGCUGCAGCGCUGCAUGAGGAGAGCCCGCAGCCUGCAGCAGCGCAUGCAACUGCUGCAGCAACAACAGCAGGACUCAGAGGCAGGCAGAGAGAAACCACCGCAGCAGCAGGAGGAGCAGCAGCUCCAGGAACAGCACAGGUACCGCUGCAGCCUGAUCAGCCAAUCAGAACGCACCAGCAGGUGGCGCCCUGUUACCUUCUGUGUAUUAAACCUUGUUAUUCCUGAUGUGUGAACAGAACCUGUGGAGGUUGGAGGUGUAAAUCCUCAGCUGAGCUCAAAACUCCUGACAUCUUACCUCCUCAUGGGCUGAUGUAAGAACCUGACGAGAGCUUCAACCAGAGCAAAAAUAAAUUCAGAAUAAAUCGGGCAGUAAUUAUUAGUCUCGUGCAGUAAACUCACACAUGUGGUUCUAACGCGAUGAUGUGGCGUUAUUUUUGUGCCACUAAUCUGAGCACACGUAAGAAAAAUUUGCAAGUUUUGCAUUUUGAGGAGAAAUUUGUUUUGAGCGAAGAAAAGCUAAAUCUGAGCAAACAAAACUCAUCGCUGCGUGCAAAAACUGUGUUUCAGUGUUUGCUAUUAUCCACACACACACAACAGCAG